UGUGUGACCACCUAGUACUGGGUGCCUGGUGCUGUAGGGCCUCACGCGGGUCCGCGCGGUGGCAAUGGGGGAGACGUGGUGAGGGGGCGACCUCUCGUCUCACUUUGCCCUGCAACCUCAGCAGCCUUCUCCUUGGGACUGGGAGAUACGCGCAUCCUGACGGGCACGGUCCCGUCUCUUAGCCCAUCCGGGCCUCCCCACCCCGCGAGGUAACAGGAUCUCCUUAGAGCAGGAAGCUUUCAAUGUGGUCCCAGAGAAGUACAGGGAGAAAAUAACUCCCAUCUGGGCGUGAUCCAUUUCCACCAGACUUGAGGAGGCCAAGUACAGGGAUUUACCAUUUUGCUGCUUGCUCUUAAAAGCAGCACCCUAUGAAGACUGCCCAGUAAAAAUGAAGGUUCUUUUACUGAAAGACCCUAAAGAGGAUGACUGUGGCCAGGAUCCAUAUAUCAGGGAACUGGGAUUAUGUGGACUGGAAGCCACUCUGAUCCCGGUUUUAUCAUUUGAGUUUUUGUCUCUUCCCAGUGUCUCUGAGAAGCUGUCUCAUCCUGAAGGUUACGGGGGACUCAUUUUUACCAGCCCCAGAGCAGUGGAAGCAGUGGAGCUGUGUUUGAAGAAGGACAACAAAACGGAAGUCUGGAAAAAGUCUCUGAGAGAAAAAUGGAAUGCCAAAUCAGUGUAUGUGGUUGGAAGUGCUACUGCUUCUCUAGUGAGUAAAAUUGGCCUGGAUACAGAAGGAGAACAAUGUGGAAAUGCAGAAAAGCUCGCAGAAUAUAUUUGUUCCAGGGAGCCAUCGGCGUUGCCUCUUCUCUUUCCUUGCGGAACCCUAAAAGGAGAAACCCUGCCAAAAAUGCUCAAGGACAAAGGGAUUCCCAUGGAAAGUAUAACCGUCUAUCAGAAGAUUCCACAUCCAGGAAUCCAAGGAAACCUGCAGAGUUACUUCUCCAAACUGGGUGCCCCGGCCAGCAUCGCGUUUUUCAGUCCGUCUGGCCUCACGUACAGUCUCGAGCAUAUUCUAGAGUUAUCUGGGGACAGCAUCAGUCAAAUCAAGUUUGCAGCCAUCGGCCCCACCACAGCACGCGCCCUGGCCGCCCAGGGCCUGCCGGUGAGCUGUACUGCAGAGAGCCCCACGCCACAGGCUCUGGCUGCCAGCAUCCGGGGGGCGCUGCAGCCCCACAUCCCCUGUGGCGUCGGCCACUCGGCAACCUUGGCCCCGUGAGCUGGCCUGGGCUGGCUCCUCCCCAAGGGGGCAGUGGGCCAAGCAGCCUGCAGCCGCCCUGGGGAUGGAGCGAGCCCCUAGCACAGCUUCCAGGGAGCCGCUAUCAGCCUCCUGCAGGAGACCUGGGGUUGGGAUCAGGCCAGGACCAGGGCUGGCGUCAGGCCCAUGCGCACAUGACCGUCCUCCCUGGAGGCCAGCUCGGGCCGUAGCCUGGCACACGGCUCCCGGCCCUGCAAGGACUGGGAGUGCAAAUACGCUGCCUGUUUCCGGGUGCCUGCUUGCUGAAGCUGCGGAUCGUUUUCAGUGCAAGGCUGCGUUCUGGGAGGAAACAUAUGCCCAAGGCCAUAUAACCGACAAACCUGGUCUGAAGAAUAAAAAUUUGCUGGGUGUGAAGUAGUUUCCUUCAUCCUGUCCAGUGUGGGAAGCUGUGGACAGUCAAGCACAGAGGCUUUGUUCCCCUCAAAAUUCGAAAUGCAGUGUUGGUGGGUCAGACCAUCUGCCCCUCCCUCUCCAGCCGUGUCUACAGAGAGGCCUUUCGGAAUCUGACCCAGACUUUCUUUCCACCUUGAACCCUUGGCCUGGAGUUUCUGCUGGGUUGGGUGAAGCCUGCGAGCUGGGGGUAGGAAGGGUCACGAGUCGCCCUGCACAUCCUGGCCUGCUCCAAAGGUUGCAUCAGGGGGCAUUUUCUAUGGAGCAGCCACCAUGGCCACCAGCCACACAAAGAGCCUUACGUAUCACCUCCCCACCUUGUGGGUGUCACUCCUAUUCCCGUUGUCUGGUGAAGGAACAGGCUCGAGAAGUUGGAGCCUUGCUCAGGGCCACCCAGCUAGUGAGUGACAGGCCGGAACAGGUUUAAAAGGGCUCGUGAAUGAGUGCCAGGACCUGGUCUCAUGAGACCUCACAUCCCAUCAACUUAGUCGAGAAAGAGUCCAGGGAUAAUGCUCCAAAUCGCGAUAUGACCUGUUCAGAAAUUCUGCAGCAAAGGGACUGAGUAGUGACUACCUGUUUUUUGUCCACGGUCAUUUUCCUGAAUACAGGGCAGAAUCCAUCCCACAAGCUUCUUUAAAAUCCUUCUCAUCGUCGGGGAGUCCUUUUCACUAGCGUUACUGUUCUGUUUUGAGGAAGAACCCAGCCCUAAGCAGCCCAGGCUGAGGAGCUCUGUCAGCCGCCCCUGGCCCUGCAGAGGCAGCCGAGGGACCCUGGCCUGCAAGGCCCUCCCAGAGCUGUCUGCACUGGGCUUGGCAGAAGCUGAGCAGCCACGCAGGGUCACUGGAGGGAUGUCUUGAAGCUGCCUGCCCUCCUGAUUUUAAUUUCUUCUGGGAACAGAGAUGGCUAAACUAACCACAUUGCAAGUUGCAAUGUGGUUCUGCUGUGUAAGACCAGCUUGCAGCUCAUGCCACCAAAUACUUCUGUGGGUUCGACAGAACCAGACCUGGUCUCUGGCCAGUUUGAGGAGAUGACCCCCCAUCACAAGCUUAGAUGUCACAGCAGUGUCGUAUUGCUGUAAAAUUGCCUCAGUGUUCACUGCUCUCUACUUCUGUACUUUUGGCUAAGCAAGGUGCAAGGAACAAAACUUUAGGAUUAUGAACAGAAGUAAAGGUUAUAAUUGCUUUUACCAUUGCUGACUUUUUUUCUGAACCAUAAGAGGCCCCUUUACUGUUUAGUAACUACAGUGAACAUAAUUUUUCUUUUCUUUUUCCACCUUCCUUUCUUUUCUGUUAUUUUAAAGGGUUGAGGCUGCAGCUGUGGGCCUCUGUGUUAUUCUGAGAAUGAUCCUCUCAGACCCUAGAGGCCAACAUGCAGGGAUCUGCCCUGGUCUCAGGGCAGAACCUGUCCACCUUUCAUUUUGAAAUUGAGUGUGUGAGACAUUUGUAGCUGUGGUGACAUGAAGAGAUAGGCAAAGCCUCUUAAAAAAAAAAAAAAAAAAGCACAGAACUGAACAAACUGUCAAAGGCCAUCAUUUCAAGGCUUUGGAAAUCAGUCAAAGGUCCACAACAAAUUGAGAAGCACGUUCUCUUGAAAAGCUCCGGGGCAUUGGGUAAGUGCACCUGGCCUUGCUGCCUGGAGACGCCCAGCCCCUCUGGCCCCUGCCCCAGCUUGGUGUGGGGGGGACCAGCCAAGCAGCUUUGCUGCCGGAGGGAGCCAGCUCUAUGGGGCAGGGAGUGAAAACCAUAGCUUCUCAGCUUAAAAUGAUGAACUGGGUAGGAAAGGAUUGGGGAAAGCUGCAGCCUUGCUGGCUGGAGGUUGCAGUCCAGGUUUAGGCCAGUCAGAAACAGAAUGUUCACCAAAAUGCUACCAUCUGAACCACAGGCUUUUCCCUUUAUCCUCAGUACUUUAAAAUUUAACAUUUUCUACGUUGGGUAUCUUUCUUAUGAAGAGAAACAAAAGCAAAAAAAAAAAAAAA